AUGUCCACGCUGCAUGUCCCCACGGUGCAUGUCCCCACGGUGCAUGUCCACGCUGCAUGUCCACGCUGCAUGUCCACGGUGCAUGUCCCCACGCUGCAUGUCCCCACGGUGCAUGUCCCCACGCUGCAUGUCCCCACGGUGCAUGUCCCCACGGUGCAUGUCCACGCUGCAUGUCCACGCUGCAUGUCCACGCUGCAUGUCCACGCUGCAUGUCCACGCUGCAUGUCCACGGUGCAUGUCCACGGUGCAUGUCCCCACGGUGCAUGUCCACGCUGCACGUCCACGCUGCAUGUCCACGGUGCACAUCCACGGUGCAUGUCCACGGUGCAUGUCCACGGUGCAUGUCCACGGUGCAUGUCCACGGUGCAUGUCCACGCUGCAUGUCCACGGUUCAUGUCCACGGUGCAUGUCCCCACGGUGCAUGUCCACGCUGCACGUCCACGCUGCAUGUCCACGGUGCAUGUCCCCACGGUGCAUGUCCACGGUGCAUGUCCCCACGGUGCAUGUCCCCACGGUGCACAUCCACGGUGCAUGUCCACGGUGCACAUCCACGGUGCAUGUCCACGGUGCAUGUCCACGCUGCAUGUCCACGGUGCAUGUCCACGCUGCAUGUCCACGGUGCAUGUCCACAGUGCACGUCCACGCUGCAUGUCCACGCUGCAUGUCCACGGUGCAUGUCCACGGUGCAUGUCCCCACGGUGCAUGUCCACGCUGCACGUCCACGCUGCAUGUCCACGCUGCAUGUCCACGGUGCAUGUCCACGGUGCAUGUCCACGGUGCAUGUCCACGGUGCAUGUCCCCACGUCGGAUCUGACCCUUGACGACAUAGAGAAGAUGGAGGUGCUCAGAGCAAACUUAGUGGAGCUGGGAGAUCUUCGUAACAAGGCACUGGACCCAGUCCUACCAGGACUCCUCUGA